UCUGGGAACUCAGGCUAGGGUUCAGGGUUUUUCUCCUCUCUCUCUCUCUCUCUCUCUCUUCCACAGCGAGAAAGAUGAAAGAUUUACAGCUUUCGCUGAACCAAACCCAGAAGGUUCGGCUACAGAGAGCUCUCGAAAGGCUCGAGUCUUUGUCUUCAAAGGCCAAUUCCAACGCCUCCGUCACCGUCGCGGACUCCAUCCCCGUUAACUACGAAGACGGCCUUCUCAAGGGACAUGGGACCUCUGAGGUCAAUGGGGAAGUUGUUGCGACGGUUUGCGGCGUCGUCGAGAGAGUCAAUAAGCUGGUUUAUGUGCGUUCUUUAAGGGCCAGGUACAAACCAGAGGUUGGAGAUAUCAUAGUGGGGCGUGUAAUUGAGGUUGCUCCGAAACGUUGGAGAGUGGAGAUAAACUAUAGCCAUGAUGCAGUGUUGAUGCUUUCUUCAAUGAACUUACCCGACGGCAUCCAGAGGCGCCGAACUGCUCUGGAUGAACUCAACAUGCGCAGCAUUUUUGAAGAGAAUGAUGUCAUUUGUGCCGAAGUUCGUGGUUUUCAACAUGAUGGUUUACAUCUCCAAGCAAGAAGUCAGAAGUAUGGAAAGCUUGGAAGGGGUCAGUUGCUCACAGUUCCUUCUUAUCUAGUGAAACGACGAAAGCAGCACUUCCAUCAUUUAGAAAACUACGGCAUUGACCUGAUACUAGGCUGUAAUGGUUUCGUCUGGGUUGGUAAACACGUUGAAGUUACCGAUGAUAUGGUGGCGGAUCCGAAGUCAGGACAAGAUGGUUUCAAAGCCGAUAAAAAUUCCUUUAGUGCCGAAGAUCAGGAGAAAAACUACACUCUCCAACAGACAAGAGAGAACAUAUGCAGGACCGCAAAUGCUGUCCGCGUAUUGUGUGCUUUAGGCUUCAAUAUUACAGUAGAAGUGAUCAUGGAGACGGUUGAUUUGAGCAGUUGUAUAAAUGUUGCUAUACAUGAAAUGUUUGGUGCAGAGUUUUGUGUUCUGGUUGCAGAGAAGGAGGCUGUACGCCGAAGCAUGACUAAAAAGAAGUGACGAUUUGUUGUCUAACGAAUGUAAUCUGUAUCGUUUGAAAUCUCAACGUGUGUAUCACAAUUUUCAUCAGUCUUUC